AUGUCUUUAUUAGAGAAAGAGAACGACAUAUUUGAGGAGCACUCAACAGAAGCACACCAAAUAGACUACACGCCCAUUGAAAUGCUGAAGGAGGGAGGAAUCUCUGCAGCAGACAUAGCAAAGCUUAUCGAGUCAGGCUUCAGAACAGCUGAAAGCAUCGUAUACAGCCCCAGGAAAAAGCUUCUCAACAUAAGAGGAUUUGCAGAGGCAAAGAUCGACAAGAUAAUAAAGGAGGCAAGCAGGUACGUAGACCUGGGCUUCCAGACUGCAGAAGUUGUCCACCAGAAAAGACUCCAAAUGAACAUGAUCACAACAGGAUCAUCAGAGCUUGACAAGCUGCUCGGAGGAGGAAUUGAGACGGGAGCAAUAACCGAGCUAUUUGGAGAGUUCAGAACAGGAAAAACACAGCUGUGCCACAUGCUGGCAGUUACGUGCCAGCUCCCACUCGAAAGAGGAGGAUGCAAUGGAAAAGCCAUCUACAUAGACACCGAGUCAACGUUCAGAUCAGAAAGACUCAUUGAAAUUGCGAAGAGAUUUGAGAUGGAUCCAACAGAGGCGCUCUCAAAAGUGUCUGUGGCCAGAGCGUACAGCGUAGACCACCAGAUGGAGCUAGUGAAGCAGGCAAGCAGCCUGAUGGCAACGGGAGAGUACAGACUGCUUAUUGUGGACUCAGUGAUUGCACACUACAGGACAGACUAUGCAGGAAGAGGAGAGCUGAGUGCAAGACAGAUUCACCUGGGAGGAUACCUAAGAUCCCUGAUGCAGCUGGCAGAUGAGUACAAUAUAGCAAUUGUCAUAACAAAUCAGGUCGUAGCUCAGGUAGAUGGAGCUAUGUCUAUGUUUGGAGGAGAUACAAAGAAGCCCACGGGAGGACACGUGCUAGCCCAUGCAAGCACGACGAGGCUAUAUUUGAGGAAAGGAAGAGGUGAUCUAAGGAUAUGCAAGGUGUACGACUCGCCUUCCCUUCCAGAGUCAGAAGCUACCUUCAGAAUAAUGAAGGAGGGUAUCACCGAUGGAGACGAAUAA